AUGGCAGAGGUAGAAGACGACGGGAUGGGCGGUCGACUCAAUGGUUCAGCAAUAGGGGCUGGAGUCGUCGCACCGUAUCCCCUACAUCAUCCGACCACGUCCCCAACACGUUCAGCUGCAAGCCCGCCACCUUCUGCUAGAUCAUGGGGUAACUCAUCAGACGCACAACAUAGCCUGUAUAAUGGUCAUGUAGCUGAUUGGCGUGGGCCCUCUCCGGGUCCUUCGAUACCAACACAAUAUACAGGCGGUUCGGGUUCUGCAGCUCCUCCUUCAUCGUACUCACACGGAAUGAUUUCAAAUCUUCCUCCAGGAGCUUCGCCUGGUCCGGCCGGUCCAGGUACACCGAGCAGUGCAUAUGCAUACCCUGGUGCUACAGGAACUCACGGACGUCGGUACUCUGCCGGUACCUCAGCAUCCUCUGGAGAUCGUCAACCUUUGUACGCAGCCGCUGCAACUGGCAGCGCGAGCAGUUCAACUGGUGGCGGUAGCGUACAGAAUAGCGGUCGGUUUGCUGUCGCAAACCCUGAUGACGGAACAUACGCUGGUGGGUUCAAUGAAGAUGCCCGUAGAGCGUAUAUUACUGGCGGGCCAAGUGGUAAAUCACCUACUGGCCCUUCGCAAUCUCGUCCCCGUGAAGUGCUCGUACACGAAGACGGUGGACGAAUCGAAAAUGCCGACACCACGCCUGAGUCUGAGGGACCUGAAGAAAUACCACCAACUUAUGACAGCCUUCUUGGUGCUGCAGGCAUGGCUUCUAGGUCCGAAAAACAAAAUCGCUCUUAA